GAAUUAAGUGUGUGUGUAUGUGUGUGUGUGUGUGUGGGUGUUUCCUUUUAGUGCUUUUUACAGGAUUUAGAAUUUAGUUUGUGUGUGUGUGUGCUUUCCUGUUUAUGCUUCUUACAAAAUGCAGAAUUAAGUUUAGGUGUGUGUGUGUGUGUGUGUGUGUGUGUGUGUGUGUGUGUGUGUGUGUGUGUUUCUUGUCCAUCCUUUUUACAUAAUUCAGAAUUAAGUGUGUGUGUUACUGUGUGUAAAGCGUAUGUACCUCAUGUGAUUAUUCCUCGGCAUAUAUAAGUGAAAUGUUCAAUAGUUUUCUAUUUGCAUGAAAACGUGUAAUAUGUGUGAGUAUCAGUAUUUAAUGCUAUAUUAAGCACCGAAGCCGAUGCUCACUUGUUGGUAGUGUGGGGUUAACCUGCUAGUCGCCUUCGGGCAUCACUCACGGCCAAGUCGCGCUCAGACAAAGACGGGCAGGAUGGUGACCGAGGUAAAUACUUUAAUUUUGUAGUAAAAACUGAUUGUCAUAGUGCUAAGUCAAUUGCAUGUAUUGUUAAUGAAUAUUGUAAUAUGUUGAAAGUGUUUAAUAUCAGUGUAUAAUGUUAUUUUGUAAGAAAUUGAGACCGAGAACUUGUUCGCAGUUCUUACGGUCAUGCCUACCUCAUCAAUAAACGUGUCAGGGAGAACUGCCUUUCCUCGACCCUACGAUGAUGGGUGUGAUCAGUAAAACAGAUCACCUGAGAGCCAAUUGAUGCCCAGCCGGUGCGGCUACAGUAAGAACUCAGCCUACAAGCAAGAAAUUGGCUCCAUGUGAAACCGUAGCAAGAGUGAGUCACAGGACGAGGGGACGCUGACGUAAGCCUAAAGGUUGACCUCUGAGGCCCCGGGGUCAGCUCUACCCUUGACGACAACCACUCCCUUCUACCCACUGUGCCUCGCCACCAUUUUGUAGAACCCAUGGUCACAGGCAAGAAAGUAUAAUAUUAUGUAUGUGCACUGAAUUGAGUAGCCUAAGUGAAAAUUACCCAGAAUUAGCUAGUAUUAAGAGUGGUAAUUUUAAUUGUUCUUUCAGUGUCUCAGUAUUGACACAAUUAAGUUGUUAGAUAUGUCUGAUACUGAGGAAAUUAAUGCCGUAGAUGGCCUUAGGGAAGGUGAGGGUGAGCAAGUGGACAGGGAUCAAACUUGUAUUGAAGAAGUUAGUGUCAGGGAGCGAGUGCCAACCGAUAAAGGAAGAGAAUAUCAAGUCAGUGUAACCAAAGGAAGAGCAGAGUCCUGUAAGCGUAAAUGGAGCAGUGUUACCAGCAAAAUUAAGAAAGGAUUAAAAAUUGUAAUUAGCCCCUUUGAAUUAGAGCCCAUGUCAAGUGAAGUAAUAGAGGCAUUUCAUCAGUAUUAUGUGGAAUAAACAAAGCUGGUGGAACUAGAGCCAGAAAGGUCAGAGGAGCUAAAUGAAGAGCUGGAACACAAUCAACAAGUUCACCAUGAAAUAUUAGAAAGUAUAGAAUGUAAAAGAAAGGAGUUAAAGAAUGACAGAGGAUCAAUUUGUUCCAGCAAACGGUCUAGACAUUCUAGAGUCUCAUCUACUUCAUCACGUUCAUCAGCAGCACAAAGAAAGCAAGAAGGUAGCCAGACUUAGAAAGGAAAUGGAAUAUCAUGAUAGUUUAGCAGAGGCAGAAGCAAUGUUCUCAAAGAAAAAGAAAGAGAGAGAUUUAGCAGUUGCUAGUGCAGAACUUAAUGCUCUUAGCUUAGUUGAAGAAGAAGUAAAAAUGCUUCCAGGUAAUGAUGAAAGUGUAGAGAAGCAAAGUUAUCUUCAACAAUACAUAGAGUCACAAAAUGAAAUGAAAGCACAAGCAAUUGCAAAUCAACAAAGUGACAAUGCCAUGCCUCACAAAUAUGUUACAUUCCAUGACCCACAGAAACCUUCUUGCAAUAGAGAUAAUGAAUUGAUGACAAAUGAAGUAGAUGGACAAAUAUUUAGUGAACCUCAGGUAAUAAAUCUCAACCCUACAGCUCAAAGUCUUGUACCAAGCUCUCGUAGACACACUCAUAAUGUCAACAUGCCUAAUAAUGUAAAUAAUGUGAGACAGAAUCAUCAAUCCUUUUCCUAUCCUGGGAGAACCUUUGCAAUCAACAUACCUGAUCCCAAGUGGAGCCUCCCUCCAAUAGAGCCUAACACUUUUGAUGGAGAACCCAUGGAAUUUCCAAGUUGGUUGAAAAACUUUGAAACUUAUGUAGAGUCUAAAACUUCUGUUGGUAAAGAGAGACUUGCCUACUUAGAGAGGUAUACAACUGGUGAGGCAAAGGAUGCCAUUAAAAUGUUAAUGCACUUUAACUCUGAUGCUGACUAUGUGCAAGCAAAGAAAAUUCUUAGUGAUAGAUUUGGAAACAAAAGCAUCAUAGCUGAUGCUUACACAAAUAAGUUAAUGAAUUGGCUACCAAUCUCUCCGCAUAAUGGUCCAGCAUUAACAGCAUUCUCAGAUUUUUUGAAGUGCUGUUUAGCUGCAAUGAAACACACUUCUUAUUUGUCAUUUCUGAAUGACCCUAGAGAGCAGAGAAAGGUGCUAGCAAAACUCCCUGGACAUGUUGUUCAUGACUGGAGAAAGCAAGCGAUGAUAUAUCUUGAUACUAACAGUAAUAACACUUCUAGUAGCAAUGAAGAGCACCACCCACCCUUUGAAAUGUUAUGUGAAUUUGUCCAGAAAGAAGCAAAAGGAGCAAGCAAUCCAUUUCUUUCCUGGAAUUCAGUAAGUAAGGAAGUAAAUGAUUGGAUCAAAACUCAAACAAGGGCAACCAAUUGGAAACCAAGGGAAUCAAACAUCAUGACAAAGAAUAGAGGGAGUAGAACUUUCAUGGCUAAAUCAAUUGAGGAAAAACCAAUGUGGUCAUUCCAAAGUAAAGUAAAUGUACAAGCCAACAAACAGUAUCCCAAGGACCAGGAAAGUAAAGGACGAUUCUGUCACUACUGUACAAAGGAUCAUGAUUUAGAUGAUUGCAAGGAAUUUGCCAAACUUGAUGGUAAUACUAGGUACAAAUUUGCUAAAGAAAAACGGUUAUGUACAGGGUGUCUAAAAAUGGGUCACAAAGGAAAGGAUUGUAGAAGAAGGAAAGUUUGUAAAGUAUGUCAGAGAUACCAUCCCACAGCCCUUCACAAUGAUGACAUGACAAGAACUGAGAGCCAAAGGGUGCCAGCACAAGCAACUCAGCCUAAAGAUGAUAAACCCACAGUAGUAGCAAAUAAGGUCAAAGUUACAGAAUCAGUGACACAUGACAUGCACACCAUGAUAGUUCCUGUAUGGUUACAUCAUGUUAGUAACGAAGAGAAUAAAUUUUUAGUGUAUUCCCUGCUGGAUGAGCAGUCUGAUGCUUCAUUCAUCAAGGAAAGCACUCUGAAUAAAUUGGGAGUCAGUGGACCAUCAGUGUCACUCAAUAUCCACACAAUAAGUGGAAAACAAAUCACUGAUUCUAUCAAAAUUCAUGGACUUAAAGUAAGAGGUUAUAAUGAAGAAGUGGAAAUAUCAAUCCCUUCAGCAUAUUCAACAGAAAACAUUUCAGCUGGACGGAGUCAGAUACCAAGGACCGAGACUGCUUGUGACUGGCCCCACUUAAAGGCAAUCUCUGACAAACUAAUGAAAUAUGACCCAAACAAUGACAUAGGACUUCUCAUUGGUCUUGAUUGUGCAGAAGCCAUUAUGGCAGAAGAGCAAAUAGCAGGUGAUAGUAAGAAGCAUCCUUAUGCUCGUAGGACAGAGCUAGGUUGGGGGAUCAUUGGUAAAAUCUCACCCCAUUCAAGUCCAAUGGAGGAUACAGUGGUAGUCUACAGAACAGUGACACAAGAAGUAGAAAUCAAUGAAGAAAAGAGGGUUAAUUUCUUAGUGGUUCCUACUAAAACCAAAGAGAUGAUUAAUCCUUCUCAAGUGAGAGAUAUGUUUGAACUUGACUUCAGUGAUAGAAAGUCAGCUGACACUCCAUUAUCAUAUGAAGAUAAAAGGUUUAUGAGUAAGAUGAAAGAAGGAGUACAUCAGCUGAAGGAUGGCCAUUAUGAGUUGCCCCUUCCUCUUAAAGAUGAUAACGUCAAGCUUCCAAACAACAAACUAUUAGCAGAGCAGAGACUCAAGAAGUUAAGAGCUAAACUUGAGAAGGAUAAUCAACAUGAAGGUGAUUACAAAGUGUUCAUGGAUGAUAUGAUUACAAAAGGUUAUGCAGAGGUUGUACCGACAAAGGAUUUAGUUAGGAAUGAUGGUAAGGUCUGGUACAUUCCACAUCAUGGAGUCUAUCAUCCGAGAAAGCCAAGGAAGUUGAGAGUUGUCUUUGACUGUAGUGCAAACUACAGGAACCAGUCAUUAAACAGUCACCUGUUACAAGGCCCAGACCUUACCAACAAACUUAUUGGAGUGUUGUGUAGGUUUAGGCAAGAAAGCAUUGCACUUGUAUGUGAUAUAGAGGCAAUGUACCAUCAAGUGAAGGUCAACCCAGAACACAGAGACAUGUUAAGAUUCCUUUGGUGGGAAAAUGGUGACCUUAAUAAUAAGAUAGCUGAAUACAGGAUGACAGCUCACCUGUUUGGAGCUACUUCAUCUCCAAGUGUAGCCAACUUUGCUCUUAAGAAAGCUGCAGAUGACUACGGGUGUGGAUUUGAUGCAGCCAAGUUUGUAAGAAACAACUUUUAUGUUGAUGAUGGUUUGAAGUCAGUAGCUACAAUGGAUGAAGGUGUCACUCUUAUUCAGCAGAGCAAAGAAUUAUGUUACAAGGGAGGUUUUAACCUUCAUAAGUUCUUGUCAAACAACAAAGCUGUAUUAGCUGCAAUUUCUCCUCAUGAGAGAGCAGAUGGAAUUAAAAGUUUGGAUUUUAGUAAGAAUGAAGACACACUGCCUAUAGAAAGAACUUUGGGAGUUGAGUGGUGCAUAGAAUCUGACACAUUUCAAUUUAGAAUAAAGCUGAAAGACAAGCCACUCACCAGGAGAGGCAUUCUGUCAACAGUGAGCUCUAUAUAUGAUCCAUUAGGUCUAGUGUCACCUCUCAUACUGACUGGAAAGCAAAUUUUACAAGAAUUAUGUAAGAAUGCAGUUGAUUGGGAUGAUGAGGUGCCAGAUUAUGUCAAACCUAAAUGGAUAAAAUGGAAGGAUGAGCUGCACAAACUAGAUCAGUUAAAGGUACCUAGAUGCUACAAACCUGAUGACUUUGGGGAAGUAGAAAAGGUUGAACUCCAUCACUUUUCAGAUGCCUGUCAAGAGGGAUAUGGCCAGUGCUCAUAUAUUAGAUUAAUUAGCAAGACUGGCCAAAUUCAUUGUGCAUUAGUAAUGGCAAAGUCACGUGUCACACCUCUAAAAACCAUGACAAUUCCCAGACUAGAACUAGCAGCAGCAGUGGUGUCAGUUAGAAUCCAUAAACUCUUGAAGGGAGAACUUGAGUAUAAUAAUGUGGAAGAAGUAUUUUGGACAGACAGCAAAGUAGUCCUUGGUUACAUUGCAAAUGAAGCAAAGAGAUUCCAUGUAUAUGUUGCAAAUAGAGUAGAAACAAUAAGAGAUCACACUUCACCAAAUCAGUGGAAAUUUGUAGAGACACAGUAUAACCCAGCAGAUCAUGCAUCUAGAGGCAUGACAGCAGAUGAAUUGUGUAAUAGCAAGAUCUGGUGGAAUGGCCCAGAAUUCCUUUGGCAACAUAGCAAAAUGGAUAGCCAUUCCAAGUACAAGGUCAUAAGUGAGAAUGAUCCAGAAGUGAAGAAAGUUGUAUGCCAUGCUGUAGGUACACAACAGCCCACAGAUAUACUAGAAAGACUUGAGUAUUUUUCAGAUUGGUUUAAAGCAAAGAGGGCAGUUGCUGUAUGCCUCAAGCUUUUGAACAGCUUCAGAGGAAAAGGUGAUGGCACUACUAAAGUAAAGGGAAACACAUAUAAGCCAGUAAAUGUAGCAGAAGUGUCAGAAGCUGAAAAUGUAAUUAUAAAACAACUGCAAGCAAAGGCAUUCCAGAAGGAAAUAAAUGUACUGAAAUCAUCUGCUAACCAUAAUUCUUUAAUUAAAGGAGACAAUGGCAAGGGAACAAAAGUGAUAGACAAGACCAGUUCCCUCUAUAAUUUAGAUCCCUUCAUUGACAAAAAUGGUAUCAUGAGAGUAGGAGGAAGAUUGAGGUUUUCUAAUUUGACAGAUGAAUCCAAACAUCCAGUCAUCCUCCCCAAAACAUCUCACAUAACCCAGCUGAUAAUAUGCCACCAUCACAAAAGGACAAAUCAUCAAGGCAGGGGCAUAACUUUAAAUGAAAUCAGGUCAUGUGGAUACUGGAUAGUAGGAGGAUCAUCCCUAGUAUCAAGGCACAUUUCAAAGUGCAUUAUCUGUCGUAAAGUUAGAAGUACAACACAGGGACAGAAGAUGGCAGACCUGCCUAUUGACAGACUAGAACCAUCACCUCCUUUUACAUACUCAGCAGUAGAUUUCUUUGGCCCUUUCUAUGUCAAAGAGGGGCGUAAAGAGCUUAAAAGAUAUGGAGUGCUCUUUACUUGCAUGGCAUGUAGAGCUGUGCACAUAGAGACAGCCAACAGCAUGGAUACAAGUUCCUUCCUAAGUGCAUACCGUCACUUUGUAGGACGAAGAGGGCCCGUAAGACAGUUGAGAUGUGACCAGGGAACUAACUUUGUAGGAGCCAAAUCAGAGUAUGAGAAAUGCUUAAAAGAAUUAAAAUAACAAUAAAGUCAGACAAGAACUCGUGAAAGAUCAGUGUGACUGGAUUGUUUUUAACAUGAAUGUACCCAAUUCCAGUCACAUGGGAGGUGUUUGGGAGAGGCAGAUACGCACAGUGAGAAAUGUACUCUCUGUGUUGCUUGAUCAGCAUGGUACUCAGCUAGAUGACCAAGAUCUGAGAACCUUCCUAGUUGAAGCAGAAAAUAUAGUUAAUGGUCGUCCCCUAACUGUGGACCAUCUUAACUCCCCAGAAAGUCUUACACCGUUGACACCCAGUAAUUUGUUAACUAUGAAAACAAAGGUAGUACUGCCUCCUCCAAGCAUUUUCAUUAAGAAGGACCUGUACUGCAUAAAGAGAUGGCGCAGAGCACAAUACCUGGCCAACCAGUUCUGGUCCAGGUGGAAAAAGGAGUAUGUGCAAUUCCUACAGCUUAGAAAUAAGUGGACAACACCAAAGAGGAAUCUCAGUGUAAAUGACAUAGUUAUCAUCAAAGAUCAGAAUUUAACAAGGAACCAGUGGAAACUGGGAAGAGUAACAGAAGUAUCUCCUGAUCAUGAUGGCCUAGUAAGAAAGGUUAAGGUCCUGGUUUCAGACUGUAAUCUCGACAACCAGGGAAGACACAUAAAGGCAAACAGGACCAUCAUAGAGAGGCCAAUACAUAGUCUAGUAUUGCUGUUAGAAGGUAAUGCAUAAUAAUAGACCGGAGCAUCCCCGCCAAGGAGCCAAUGUAACAAAACAUAUUAUGUGCUAAUCCUAGUUUUAAGGUACAUACUAAUCUUAAUUUAAGGUAAAUUGUU